CAUGCACUUUUAUUUGUUUAUGAUGCGCUACGUAGUCAAGCCUGUUACCAACUGAACCAUAGACACGGCAAUUAUUUAAAGCAGUGUCCAAGACACCACUGCAUGCAUUUUCAAAGAAGGAAAACGAACGGUUAUUUUCGAUACAUUGUAUUAUCAGUUCACUGCAAGCAUACACAUGGCUACGGAGGGCAAGGACGUGAUCUUAGGAGGUUGGGGUGAAGAAACGGAAGCCACUCCUGAAGUACAAGAAAUAUGUGAUAAGGUAAAAGAACAAGUACAGACGACGACUGGUGGCACUUUUACAAUGUACAAAGCUCUCAAGUACAGAAGUCAGAUUGUUGCGGGAACGAAUUAUUGUGUAAAGAUCCAGAUCACCUCUGCUGGGGAUUGCGAUCAUGUGACAAUCUUUCAAGCUCUUCCAUGCAACGGAGGGGAUCUGACGGUUACGGAUGUACAAGAAAAGAAAACGAUUUCGGAUCCAAUACAGCCUUGGUAGAAGAGAGAAGGCAUCGCGUAAACAUGCAGCUUAUAGAAUACAGAAACAAUUCUCACAAUAUUUUAACUGAACUAUAUAAACUAAAUGUUUGAAAUUUUCAUUGGUUUCAGGUACACAAUUAUACAAUUUAUUUAAAUGCAAGGAAUAUGAUUUAAAAAUUGAAUUGACAUUCUUUCGUAAUUUACAGUGGAAAAUGUGAUAAAAAUACUUUAGCCAUUUUCAUUAAAAGCAUAAUUAUCGCUGAAAAAUUGGUAGAUAUGUUCAUGUAUAAAUUAUUCAAUAUGCAAAUUUUAGUCUUCAAUUUUGGUGCUCCGAUUUGAAUGUUAUAUAAUGCACCUUCUGUAUCAACAAUUUGAUUAUCUAAACAAUAGCCAGUGCCUGGUUUACAUUUCCUUUUCAGUCUCAGAGUUCUCCUUUAUUACACAUUAAAAUUUUGUCUUUUGUUGUAUUGAUACUUUAUGCAAAUUAUAUCAGUCUAAUAAAGCUGUUAUGUGAGAAA